UUUAUAAACAAUUAAAAACACUUAAACCAAACCUACAAACCGCUCAUCUGAUGGUCGAUAGUAUAGAUAAUUUGAUAGACAUAUUAAUGCCAAAGUUUGUUGAGAUCAGGAUUGUAGGCACCGAUUAUCGUACAAAUAGUUACGGCACCGGUUGUAUCAUUCUCUACGAAUCAAUACCAUUGGUCAUAACCAAUGAACAUGUAGUUGAAAAGUCAGGUUUGGCUCACAUUAUGAUCAAUGGCGAGACUGAUUGGCGAAUGGGUCGAGUCUUGUAUACCGAUCAUUGUGUGGAUCUGGCGGUCAUAGCCUUUGAUUUCAGAGGUGCCCAAAUAGAUGUGUUCGAUAUGGCAGAGUCUGGACCAUCAUUUGGUGAUCCGGUAGUAUCGCUGGGUUUCGGUACCAAUCACUACAGUGUAGGCUAUGGCCAUGUGAUAUGUCCAGAGAGUUUGUCAAUAGUAAGACGACUAGUGAGCACUGCCGACAAACCAUCGCUGCCUAUAAUAGCCUACAUUGAGAACAGUGCCGCACAAUCGCCCGGUUUCUCUGGCGGUCCACUGGUCAAUAAUAGCGGACAGUUGACCGGUGUUAUCAGUAUGUCUCGAUGGUAUAUACCGCAACACUAUUCAUUGGCUGCCAGUGAUGUUACAGAUUUUGCCGAAAAUAUCGGCGGGUUUUUGUGGUCCGAAACGAAUAGACGUGAAGGUGAGCACAACAUCAAAUUAGGACUGUUUAUUAAGUGGGGUGGACCACAAAUUGGAUGUAUGGUCAUCAAAAAAUUUAUAGAUAGUCAAGGAAAUGAAAAUGUCAAUACGUUUGAUAUUAUAGUUGAAAUCAAUGGCCAAAAAAUUCAAUCUAUUAAUCACAUGACAGAUAUGAUCGACUACUAUAUUGACGACGAGGACAUACCUGUGCUCAUCAAACAUAAAGGAAAACUAGAAACCAUUAAUAUUCAAAAAGAUUUGCUCGAUUUAUCUCAUAUUUAA